GGGGCAGCCAUGGCAGCAGUGCUAAUCUGGAUUUCUCUCCUUGUGGGUCUCCUGGCAGGGCUGGGGGGCACCGAGGCCCAGCAGACCACCCUGCACCCGCUUGUGGGCCGCGUCUUUGUACACACGCUGGACCGCGAAAACUUCCUGCACCUUCCUGAGCUCGUCGUCGCUGUCCCAGCCACCGUCCCUAUCACCUACCACGCCCACCUCCAGGGACACCCAGACCUGCCCAGGUGGCUCCGCUAUGCCCAGCGCAGCCCCCACCAGCCUGGCUUUCUCUAUGGCACCGCCACCCCAGCAGAUCGCGGACGCCAGGUCAUCGAGGUCACAGCCUACAAUCGGGACAGCUUUGACACCACCCGGCAGAGGCUGGUGCUGUUGAUUGGAGACCCAGAAGGUCCCCUGCUACCAUACCAGGCUGAGUUCCUGGUGCGCAGCCAUGAUGUAGAGGAGGUGCUGCCCUCGACACCUGCCGGCCGUUUCCUCACAGCCUUGGGGGGGCUCUGGGAGCCAGGGGAACUCCAGCUGCUCAACAUCACCUCUGCCUUGGACCGUGGGGGCCGAGUCCCCCUUCCUAUCGAGGGCCGCAAGGAAGGGGUAUACAUCAAGGUGGGCUCUGCCUCACCCUUCUCCACCUGCCUGAAGAUGGUGGCAUCCCCCGACAGCCAAGCUCGCUGUGCCCAGGGCCAGCCCCCACUGCUGUCCUGCUAUGACACCUUGGCACCUCACUUCCGAGUUGACUGGUGCAAUGUGUCGUUGGUGGACAAGUCAGUGCCAGAGCCUGCAGACGAGGUACCCACUCCGGGUGAUGGGAUCCUGGAGCACGACCCGUUCUUCUGCCCACCCACCGAGGCCACAGCCCGAGAAUUCCUGACUGACGCACUGGUCACCCUCCUGGUGCCCCUGCUGGUGGCCCUACUGCUCACCCUGCUGCUGGCCUAUGUUAUGUGCUGCCGGCGGGAGGGACGUUUGAAGAGAGACCUGGCAACCUCUGACAUCCAGAUGGUCCACCAUUGCGCCAUCCGCGGGAAUACAGAGGAGCUGCGACAGAUGGCAGCUAGCCGAGAGGUGCCCCGGCCACUGUCUACCCUGCCCAUGUUCAAUGUGCGCACAGGCGAGCGGCUGCCCCCGCAAGUGGACAGCGCCCGGGUGCCCCUCAUCCUGGACCAGCACUGA